UUACUGAAUUUCACAAAUUUAAUAUAUAAUAAUCUAAAACUCAGGUAGCCACUAACAACUUUCAUGACAAAAAUACCCCUUGUGGGCCCUACCAAUGCUUCUAAGUUUCCUUAAAUACUACCGCCCUAUCCAUAGUUUCUUCCCUUUCCUCCUACUUCCUCCCUUACACCAUAUACACUACUUUGUCUUCCAAUGUCGUCUUCAAUCUUCCCUUCCACCGGUUAUCAUGUCUCCUUUAAUGGAUACCUCGACGACAUUUUUUCCGAUUUCCCACCUCAAAAUCCUCUCCUUUUCUCCUCUUCUGACAACUCCACCCAGAAAACCAAUGGCUCAAGUUCAGGCUCCGAUGACUGUGGAACGAAUCAGUGGGCAGUUAACAUGAAUGAUGAACGUAGGAGGAAACGAAUGAUCUCAAACAGAGAAUCAGCCAAACGAUCCCGCGUGAGAAAACAAAAGCACUUGGAAAAUCUAAAGAACCAGGUAACCCGUUAUACGAUGGGUAAUGAAGAACUUAAAAACAGGUUAAGAUUUGUGAACCAUAAUGGACAACUACUCAAGCGAGAAAACGACAGACUCCGUUCAGCGUCUUUGAUGCUCCAACAAACACUCUCGAAUUUACAUCAAUUACUUCUCGUUGAGGAUCUCCACUACCCAUUAUUAUAGACUGUUCGUGGCCAUGCAUUACUAAGGCCAUGGCUAUUAGUGAACAAAACGUAGCUUCAUUAAUCACAUUUUUAAGUACAAAUUUAAUUAAGAUAACUCUAGUUAUGUGCUAGAGAUAGUCACAUCAGCCGCCCCUCGCCAUAUCGAGGAGGCAGAAGUAUGUAAAGAGAAUUGUAAGCGGUUAUAAUUAGUCUUAUCUUAAUGUAUUCCGUAAACAAUGGUGGCUUAGUAACCAUUUCUUAGUUAUUAAUUAAUUAGU